CCCCUGAGCGGCGGGAUGCGGACUCCGGGCCCGGGAGGGCGCCGAGGCCCCAGGCGCGGCAGGGGUGCACGGGACCCGGGCGGGAGGGCGCGCGGGGCCGGGGCCCGAGGCCGCGAUCGCGCUCCUGCGGGGCCCGUGCGCGCGGGCGGAGCGGCGCGGCGGCGCGCGGGGCCGGGGCGGCGCGGCGCGGGGCGGGGGAGGGGGCGCGGGGAGCCCCCCGCCCCGCGAAGGAGGAGUCUGGCUCCCACUCGCAGCCUCGGCCGCGCGGCGCAGAGGCCCCCGCCCCUGCGCGCCGCCCUCGCGGGAGCCGGGCCCCCGCCGCCCUCCGCGCGCGCUGCUGCUCGCGGCCGCCGAAGAGGAGCCCGGGGCCAGUCUGUUUGCAGGUCUGGCGGGGGACCUGGCAGCAGUGGCAGUGGAGGCGGCAGUGGCGGUGGCGGUGGCAGUAGUGGCGGGAGAUGCCCGGGUGGCCUACGGAGGUCCAUGUGGCGCCCUAGGUGGGAUCCUGGCAUCCUGAAGGCCGAGGCCCUGGCCCUGCUCCCCUGCGGCCUGGGCAUGGCGUUCUCUCAGUCACACGUGAUGGCCGCGAGGCGACACCAGCAUGGCCGACUCAUCAUUGAGGUGGACGAAUACAGCUCCAACCCCACCCAGGCCUUCACCUUCUACAAUAUCAACCAGGGCCGCUUUCAGCCACCGCAUGUGCAGAUGGUGGACCCCGUGCCUCAUGACGCCCCAAAGCCACCUGGCUACACACGCUUUGUCUGUGUUUCUGACACCCAUUCAAGGACAGACCCCAUCCAGAUGCCCUAUGGUGAUGUGCUGAUCCACGCCGGGGACUUCACGGAGCUGGGGCUCCCCAGCGAGGUGAAGAAGUUCAAUGAAUGGCUGGGCAGCCUGCCCUAUGAGUACAAGAUCGUGAUUGCGGGCAACCACGAGCUGACCUUCGACCAGGAGUUCAUGGCUGACCUCAUCAAGCAGGACUUUUAUUACUUCCCAUCCGUGUCCAAGCUGAAGCCGGAGAACUAUGAGAAUGUGCAGUCACUGCUGACCAACUGCAUCUACCUGCAGGAUUCAGAGGUCACCGUGCGUGGCUUUAGGAUCUACGGUUCCCCGUGGCAGCCCUGGUUCUAUGGAUGGGGAUUCAACCUCCCGCGAGGUCAGGCAUUGUUGGAGAAGUGGAAUCUCAUCCCGGAAGGUGUUGAUAUCCUCAUAACUCAUGGACCACCACUGGGCUUUCUUGACUGGGUCCCCAAGAAGAUGCAGCGUGUGGGCUGCGUGGAGCUGCUCAACACAGUCCAGAGGCGAGUCCAGCCGCGGCUACAUGUUUUUGGCCACAUCCAUGAAGGGUAUGGUGUCAUGGCAGACGGGACCACCACCUAUGUGAAUGCAUCCGUGUGCACUGUGAACUAUCAGCCCGUGAAUCCUCCCAUAGUCAUCGACCUCCCCACACCCCGGAACUCCUGACUGCUCCCCACUCCAGCUCUGCCUGCCCAUGUCAGCUCCGUAUGUCUGGCUGAGAGCCUGGAUCCCCUAACCCACUUCCUCCCAUGCAGAACAGCCCAGACAGUCCAUCUGGCCAUGGGACCAGCCAGCAAUGAGUAGACUCCUUGGGAUGAAAGAAAUUGCCUUUGACUGUCAGCCUUCUGCCACCUGCAGCUGGGGCCUUGAGCAGUCCCAUCGGGAUAACAUGCUCACUUCUGUUUUCUGUGUGUACAUCUGUCCUUCAUUUCAGGGCCUCACAGGCUCACAGCUCUGUUUUGCUCGGUAA